CGUGCGCUGUUGUUUCCCUCCCACCGUUAAAGACCCUCCGCGGCCAGGCCGACCACCGAACCCGAACAACGGAUCCACGGAGCCCCUCGGAAGCGCCCGGUGCGCGGGGGCGGACACAAGGAUGCUGUCCUGACCUGUCGUGCAGAUGAAUAAACUCCAGGAUCCUUGUUGGACCUGUUCAUGGCUUCUAAGAAGAAGCAGAAAAACAUGGUGUUCCAUCAGGAAAGGGCGACCACCCCCGCAACAGCAACCGCUGCCAGCAGCCCCCCUUUGUCAUGGUGCGUCACCCCGAAACCCGGGAAGGCGAGCGAAGGCGGGGUGGAGCAGGCCGUCAGGAGGGGCGCUGAGCAGAAACAUCCCGCCAGCAUAAAGCCUCAGUCGGACACUCUGCCACCGGAGAACACCUGCAGAGGCAUCACAGUGACCCUGGAGAACCACAGCAUGUGGAACGUGUUCUUCAGAUGUGGAACAGAGAUGAUUCUGACCGAACAAGGCAGCAGGAUGUUCCCCUACUGCCGCUUCCGCAUCUCCGGCCUGCAGCCAUCCAGGAGGUACACUCUGAUGAUGGAUGUCCAGCCGUUAGACAACAGUCACUACAGAUGGACCGGCAAGAACUGGCAAGCUGCUGGUAAAGGAACACGGCAUGUAAAGAGUCAGCCUUUUGCUCAUCCAGAGUCCCCGGCGACGGGCCAACACUGGAUGCAGAGUCCGGUGUCCUUUUACAGGAUGAAGCUCACGAACAACAUCUCAGACCGAGACGGGAACACUAUUCUGCAUCCGGUGCACCGCUACCUACCGCGACUGCACGUGGUCCAGACAGACAAAGCUGCUAAAGACAUAAAACUGAGUGAUCCCAGUGUCAUUACCUUCUCAUUCCCCCAGACUGAAUUCAUGGCGGUCACAGCCUAUCAGAACGCUCGGUUUGUUCAGCUGAAGGUCGACUACAACCCGUUCACUAAGGGACUGAAGGAGGAUGGGUCUGGUUCAUGGGGAGGAAAACUGAAAGCGAACUCUGGGGAUCCGUUCCAUAAACAAGGAGGAUUUGCUGAGCAGCUUCCUGUGAAGGAGAGCCUGAAGUCUUUGCUGGCAAACCACAAACCUCGAGCCUCCAAAGCAGUGGAGUCUAAACCUUCAGUGCCCGGAGACCUCAAAGACAGUUCCACUACAAACGGAGAUCCGCCUGCUGCCACGGCCCCCGGGCAGAUUUUGGGCAGCGUCUCACGUCCAGCUCAGAAGUUGUUCUCGGAGCUGAUUCGUGAAGCUCACGUUUCACUGCAGAGAUGCAACCUGGAGCAGCUCGGCAUCAAUCACAGCGCCUCUCUCAGAGCAGAGCAAACCAACACUAAGAACUUGAGUUUGAAAGCUAAAGGACGAGAAGCCCUUAAAGACAGUACAUCUGUUAAAGCACCUCCAAGGAAAUGUGAAAUAAGAGGGACCAUUAAGGACGACGGGCAGUCGCUGAAUUCACUAAACUGUAACGAUGGUGUUGGGAGGGUUGGUCCUGGUUGUGGUCGUGCUGCUCCAGAAGUAUCCCAGAACUCCUCUGAGGACUUGGAGCACCGACCUGACCCAGACGCUACAACAGAGACAGCCACGAAGCAGCACAAGCGGCCGGCUCGGCUGCCUCUGCCGGCGCUCGCUCUCUUUCUGAGGCAGCACUCUAAAAAGACAAAGAACAAACCGGACUCUCUGGCCCCGGCAGCUCCUCCUGAGCGCCUGUCCGUAUUGGCCAGUUCUGCUGCUUCUUUUGCACAUCCGCCUUGGGAGGGUACCGCCGGUGCAGCAUAUCCCUCCAAGGAUCUUGGCAGCCUGAAGCCCGACCUCACGACCUCCGGAUGUGCAGAUCCUCUAGCUGACGUGGUUUUUAAUGUCUCUGGACAAGCAGUGUCUCCUCAGCAGCCCGGUCCAGCUACUGCUGCACAUCUGCUGGGUCCAAGAGCUGACGACCGCUCGGGCCGCGUUUCCGAAAGCCUGGGCCCAGAGCCGAGAGGCCCUGACAGUACCCAAGUGUUACCCGGCUUAAACCAGCCAUUCUGCACCCUCGGGGCGUCUCUUACUACCUCUUCACUGCCUCCUACUGCCCCCCCGCCCCUCCACACAGUGUUAUGUUCCCCAAACUCACCACAAACACCACCUGAAUCAUCGACACCACCUUUAGACUCCCCCACCCUGAAGUUUUCGCUUCCUGACCCAGAGUGUUCGUCCUUCGGCUAUGAGCCGAUGUCUCCUGCGAGUUCUCCAGAACCUUUACCUCACCUGCCGGCCUCGAUCGCUUUAGAGCUUGACUCUGCAGCCUCUGAAGCACGUGAUGCAGCAGGACCUCCUGAAGACUCGCAGGACACCCAAGACCCGUCUGUGUUUAAAUGGCAUACAGUGUUACCUCCACCCGAGUCCUUCGUAGACACUUCAUUCACAACAUUUCAGCCUCCGCCGCAGACUUUACCUGAGGACCCUGAACCACAGAAUCCAAACACCUCCAUGCCUGCUCCUGAUCCUCCGGCAUCUUUCCCCGAGAGCGAACAGUCGCUGCCCUUCCCCGCAGAGCUAUCCCCACUCGCCCUUCAACUGCCUCUGUCUCCAACCUUCUCAUCGAUAGACGGCGACGGACUCUCUCCCACGCCUUCACUCGCUGACCUCGUGCAGUUUUUGUCCACUGACGUCGACCUCGGGAUGGGGGUGGAGUUUUCGAACACUGAGGCGGCGGCUGUUCCCUGCUUACCUGUGACAGAAACGCAUGAACCUUCUCAGCAGGUCCAUCCGCUCCCAGCCAGAAAACCCUGCAAGCGAAAGAAGAAGAAGGUUUGGCAGCGAAGGCUUGGCAAGAGCGAGGUGGAGCAGGAGGUGGACGACUCCACCUACAGGAGCAUGCAGCCGAACCUGGAGGAAGUGGAGGAGCAGUUAUUCAUCUCCUUCACUUCAAAGGAGGCUCUUAAGCUCCACCUGGCCGACUCCUCCGACAGGCCGGCUCCACGGCCCACACCUGACGGUCAAAGAACUGCAGACUCACCUGAGGGUGGUGACCGGUUGGACAUAAGCGAUGAACAAAGCUCCGAUUCAAACCCAUCCAAACCCGAAGCGGAGAGUCUGGCAGAGAUGAUCGCUUCCUUCCAGAAGAUUCUGCUGAGAGACUUGAAGCUCAUGAAGCACAGGCAGGUCAUCCACCCUGUGCUGCAGGAAGUCGGUCUGAAGAUGAGCCUGCUGGACCCGUCUCUGGCCAUUGACCUGCAGUACCUGGGAGUCCGCCUGCCCAUCCCCCCGCCGGGCGCCAGCACGGAGCCGCUGUCAACGUCUCAAGGUGUUUCUGCUGCGUUUGUGUCCCGAACAGGAAAAACCACAGACGUCACUCAGAUUAAAGGCUGGAGAGCGAAGUUCACGUUGCCUGAGACUCCGCCCACACCUUCAGCCUGCAGACCUGAAGCUGGUUCGAGUUCAGAGCCGCAGAAGAAGAACCUGUCGGCGUUCUGCAGCGACAUGCUGGACGAGUAUCUGGAGAGUGAGGGGAAGCUGAUCGACGAGCGUGCCGCCAGCUUCUCCCAGCCGCCGGUGGAGCCGCUGGUGUAUGAGCUGCCCACCAGGAGCACCAGCUACGUCCGGACCCUGGACCACGUCCUGAAGAAGCAGACCGCCGACCCCGCCUCCUCUGACCUCAUAUCUGGGUUCAUUCCCCCCUCCAAGAGGCCCCGCUUCAAAGAGCCUAAACCAGGCCGGAGGGGUGAGAGGAAGCAGAAAUGUUCUAAACAGAGCAAACUCAGACCAGAACCUGCAGCUGCUCUGGGUCCUGAACCCAGUCAACUGGAACCUCAACAGCCUGCAGGCCACGCCCCCUCAGCGCCUCCAUCACGCCCAGAAUCAAACCCCAUCAAGAGGCGGAGGAGGCUCAAACCCAGGACCUCAUCUCAGACCCUCAGUCCCUCUAGGGCCACAGUGCCCCCAUCGGUUAUGUCCAGGGACAUGGCCCCGCUGGAGUCGGACUCUGAGCUGGGUGGCGGGCAGAGCGAGGACGGCAGCAGGAGUCGGCGCCAGCCGAUGACCCGUGCUCUGCAAAAACAGAAGGUCCUGGAAGACGGUGCCGUGUGGGAAGGCCUGCGCCGGACCAGCAUCACUACGGAGAGGGCCGCCAUCGCCCUCACCUCCCUCUUCACUCAGACGGGUUUCGUGAGCGAGAACCCGACGGCGCCGAUCCAGCUGAGCCGCAGACGAGCGCCGCCGUGUCUGAACGAGUUCUGCCGGCUGGGCUGCGUCUGCCUCGGCCUCUCCCGCGACUCCAGGAUCAGCCACUGCGGCCGGCCCGCCUGCAUGUUCGGCUGCAGCUGCCUCAAACAGAAGGUGGUCCUCCUCAAGAACUUGGACGGGUCCGAUUCCAGCCCCUCCUCACACCACGGGAGCAGCAAGAAGAAGAGGAGGAUGAAGAUGGCCUACGUUCUGAAGGAGGCGGACAGCGUCUCCCAGCCUGCCGAGCGGGUCCGGACUCUGUGGAGGAGGGAUCCCGGGCGCUCGGAUCCAGAGCCGGUACGCAUGCCUGAGGCGGCUCCGCAGACCCGCCCUGCGAAGGUCCGAGAAGAUCACCGCAGCUGCGCCAGAGUCCGAGGAUACUCCAGAAAGAUCCGGAAACAGAAGGUGAAGCCGACACCGUCUGUCCACCGGGAGGCAACCAAAGGCACCGUCCAACCUGAUCGGGCGAAGCCCCACAAGGUGAAAAAGCUGAAGAAGACCUCCAAGCCUCCUCCAGCAGGUGAAGCCCUUCAGGCUCCGACUCCCUCCGAGCCUCCUCCGAGUCCUCCUGCUGAGCCGACCCCGAAGCCGUCGAAGCGUCUCUUCAUCAGGGCUGACUUUAAGUGGAAGAGCGAGGCCGACCGGACCCUCGUGCUGAUGGAGCUGUGCGAGGCGAUGGCUCAGAACCGGCUAGAGCGCCCGUUCUGGAUCAAGAACUUCCUCAUCCAUCCCACCGGCCAGUCCGUGGAAGGCAGCGGCGCCGAGCGCUGCAUCCAGUACCACGUCAACAUAUCCAGAUCCGCACUGAAGCCGAGGAAAUCGACAGCGCCGCGCAGACAGGUGGAUGCAGCACAGGUGGGCAGGAAGGUGGAGCCUCUGAAGGAACAUAACAUGAAGAAGGAGCACAAAAUGCAGGAGGCGGAGCCUGUGGAGGACUGGCAGAGGGAGGUGGAGGAAGGUGACAUCACAGAGGAGGAUGGCUUCACGGAUCACCAGGUGGACGAUUGGACAGAGAGCAGUGGACAGGAAGUGACGUCAGAGGCGAAGGUCAACAUGGCUCUGCCUUUCCUGACGGGAAUCUCGCCUGCCGGCUUCCUCUCAGCCAAUAGGAAAGCGCCGGGAGGAACGGACCAGCCAAUUCAGGUGAACGGGAAGCUCUACCCUCUGGCUAAGAUCCAGCUGGGGAGGAUGGGGGCGCUCCACCCGGCCAACCGGCUGGCGGCCUACCUGACGGGACGGGUGAGCUCAUCCCGUCAGCAGCAGCCGUCUCUGCGACUCCCUUCCUCCUCCUCCACCUCUGCUCGGAGGUCGGGGCCGACGCCUCUCGCCGUCUCCUCAGCUUCCUCUGUGGUCUCUGACCUCGCUGCGACCACCACAUGCGCAGCGGCCACUACAGCCUCUCCCGCUGUCACCACCACUGCUUCCUCUUCUGUGACCCCACCCAGAGCGGUCCCACCGCUCACCCUCCUGACCUCCAUCACAGAGUCUCUGUCCAGCAGCUCGCCAGCACCACCUGUUAAUCCAUCUCCGGGCACAGCAACCCCUAAAGCCCCUCAGGUAGUGCUGAUUAAGGUCCCGCCACCUCCUGGGACGGUUCCUGUCGUGGCCCCUCGUCCUCCGGGCCCCGCCCCCGGGUCUCAGAGGAUGCUCCUGAAGCCGGUCCAGAUGGCUUCCGGCGUCCAGUUUUACCGCCGACCCGAUGGGAAACUGUUCAAGCUGGUCCCCGUCAGCCAGCUGAGGGCGGUCACGCCCACUUCGCCUGCACAGACAGGUCCUUCCUCCUCUUCGCUCCUCUCCCCUGCGGCCCACACAGUCAGACCCCAGGCUCCGCCUCUGCCCUCCUCGCCGUCCCCGAGCUCUGGCUUCCUGUCUCAGAAGGGCACCUGUACCUUUAAGAUCCUCCCUGCCGACUCCAGCCUGGACCCUAUCAUCGUCACCUGUGCCAAAGCCCCGCCCAAGACCCCGACCAAGGUGCUAACGGUGCCAGGCUCCUUCACCCUGCUGCAGACACACCCCUCCAACCCCCCCACGACCCCAGUGAAGCUCCUGUCGCCCAAAGCCCUCGUGCCUCAUGGCGCCAAGAAGGGUGUCGAAGCUGCAAUGGCGUCUGUGGUCGCCACGGGAGCAGGGGGGCUGGUCUUCAAAUGUACACCACCUCAAAUCUCGCCCACCAUCCAGAUACCCUCAGAGGGCAAUCCCACACCCCCGCUUUCGUUAGGGUCGAGGGUCAAGCCCGCGCCACCGCCAGGUCCUGAACCUGAGCCGGCUCAGGACCCGGUGGAGCUGGACAUCAUCUGCGUGGAUGAGAAGCCACAUGUUACCACGGAGACACAGUCGGUAGAGGUGACGUCAAGCAGCGAGACGGAAAACUCGUCAGACUUCAGAGAGUCAGAGAGCGACGACGAGAGGGCGCCGCUCGCCAACAACACGCGCCUCCUCCACACGGCGUUGGAGCGGCUGCGUCGGGUGCGGCUGCGUGAGCUGUUGGAGCGUCUGAGGAGGACGGUGGGACAGUCGGGGGAGAAGGUGUCAAAGGUCUCGACGCUGAAGACGGCGGUGGAGGUGAUCCAGGAGCUGAGGAGGAAGGAGUCACAGCUGAAGAGGAAGAAGAGGAGGCUGAGGAGGAGGAGGGAUGAGUACCUGUGGAGCAUCGCGCCGUCAGCAGAUCCCAUCAAACCAACAGCAGCAGUGAUGGUGGCGGCACGAGAACUUUUGGAUGAGCCGACGGUUAUCUCAUCAGAUGAAGAACGAGUGGUUGUCACGGAUAGCAAUGUGGAGCAGGAAGAGGAUGAAGGUCGGGGCGUUGCCAUGGAGACGGUGGGGGUGAACAGUUGGCUGGCGAGGAAGAGGAGCUCAGAGCUGAAGGAGGUGACAGCUCCUCGCGCCGGCUCCGCCCUUCUCGCAGCUCUCAGAUCGGCCACGAGCAGCUCAGACUCUCCUCAGGAGCUACUGCUGGAGCAGGCUCGACACGAGAUCGAGGCGCUGCAGUCAGAGAUGGAGGACCUGAAGAGUCUGAGGACGAGUCUGACGCAGCAGAGGGACGGACACGUCAGGGACAUCUGCAGCAGAACAGGUAAGAGCGAGCGGAGGAUCCUGAGGAAGCUGCAGCAGUUUUCGUCCAAGCAGAAGAAGGUGGAGGAGCAGGAGAGGCGGCAAGUACCCAAUCAGGUCACAGCAGGGGGCGGGACCUCUGCUCCUCCACCUGCAGGCAGUGAUGCGUGUGGAGCAGGUGACGAGGUUGUUAUUGCAACAACAGCAGCCCAACAGAAGUCCACAGAUGCCCCUCCUACUUCUGUUUCUGCCCCACCCACUCCUACACCUGUCCAAGUGUCAUCGGCCCACAAUGCACCUGCGGACACGAAGCGUUCAAGGACUAUUCCGAACAUCCUGUCUCGCAGUAAGGCUCAGGCUCCGCCUCCAUCUGUGAUCACAAAGGCCGCAGAAGGUAAUCCUCCAGGUGACCCUUCGUCCUUUCAGAGUCUCGUUCCAGCCAAUCUUCUCUCUGUGGUCCGGGCACCGUUACCCAGGCAACCAGUCCUGACCCUGAAUCCCGUGAGAGCGGGUUCAGUGGUGCUGCAGCCGGCGCCGUCUCCAGGCUUGGCCUCGGUCACCCUAAACAUUCCCACUCUGACCAGUCAGCAGAUCCAUCUCACCCCACUGCUCUGCCCACCGGCCAGGCCCCUCGCCGUCACCAACCUGACAGGCUCCAGCCUCAGCGAGGUGCUGAAACUCAUUCAGACCAACACACAACAGCAGGCUCCACCUCCAACCCAUCAGCUGCUCCCUGGUCCUCCGGCUCCUCCUCUAGAGGUCUGCGAUGCAUCAUCUGAGUCCUCAGAUCGAAUCACACACCAGGACCAGACUCCACCCCUGGGUGAGGUCAGACCUGCAUCCUGGUCAGGCUCUGACAGCCAAACAGAGGAGAGAGAGGCGGAGCCUGAGAGCAGGGGUGAGAACAAGAGCCUGCCGUCGCUCCUCGAUGAGUUUGUCUUCCUUAAUCAGCAGGUGGAAAAAAACCAGGACGCUGCAGCGGUGGAUGUAGCUGACGAGGAGGGACACACCCACAGCCCCUGGAUGCUGCAGCUGGACUCAGACUCUGACACAGACGGGGCGGGGCCUAACCUCAAUACAGAAACGAUGUUGACCACUCCAGGCAGUCCUAAAGGAGGCGUGCUGGCCCCGCCCCCUCUGCUGCAGAUGAAGGUGGGCGGAGCCAAAGUGGCAAGCCCAGGCAACAGGGAAAGAGAGGGCACAGUGGCAGGGGGAGAAGAGGGACAAGGGCACAGGGGCGUGGCCUGGAGGCCGAUGCCGAGGCUGGUUCCUCUGGGAUUAAGAGGAAACGCCCCCAGCUGACAUCACACCGCAGAAAUAAUGAUGUCGCAGCAACUGCACCUUCCUGGUUGGGUCCUGAUGGGAGUCGGCGCAUUUGGAGGAAAAAAAAAGAAAAGCAUAGACUGAUUGUGGCGCUUCCAUGGUAACAAUCAAUUAUCGUCUGUGGAUUACUAAGGAUCAAUAUUCAGGUAUUGAUUGGUUUAGAACAGGGCGACGGUGUCCUGGUUUUCCGACGCGCUGACCGGAUAAAACGCAGACGCUGCUUCUGAAAAAUAUGGAAGUGCCUUAAACCUGCGUUCUACCUGACAGCCACCAGGGGGCGACACUGCAGUUCUGUCCUAUAGAAGUCUGCGGCACGACGCUCCUCUGACCUCUGACCUCUGUACACGCUUCAUGCUUGAGUUCAUGUAUCUCAAUCAUGUCUUUCAAAAUGGAGGAUCAGCUGUGGUGUUUCGUUGAUUGCUCAUUGGCUAAUGUCUCGUCAGUCACUGUGUUAUCCAGUGAGUGAGCGGUUUCAUGGUCAGACCUGCCCCUCUUCCUCGCAGCCAAGAUAGUGGGGAUUUGAGUUUUUAAAAAUGUCUGUUGAACCUGUCACAUCUUUCUUUGAAAGAGUUUCUGUAGCAUCCUGUUUUCAGUGGCUGCAUUCAGAGAAACUUGAUGGCGUGCUGAGGAAGAAGAAGCGCUGUCCCCACAGAAUGUUCUGAUGUUGCGUUCAAAUGUCUUCCUGUUUGUAUCGGUGCCAGGUGAGCCGAGAGACGCCUUCACAGGUUGCAAGUUCAUGUUUGAGAGUGGCGUUCACGUCACAAAGAGAACGCAUUCGGGCUACUCGCCUCCAAACGUUCAAACUUUAUUCUGAAGGUCCAGCUGUUGUUUCCUGCUUUUA